CUCGGGGCUCAUAGCUUGAGUUCAGCACUGAUCGAGCCCUAUUCCUCAGCCGACCAUUGCAGUGAACAGUCAGAAGCCAGUCGUGUCUCUCUCCGAGGCCGGAUGGUAAAAUCCAACCUCCAGCGGAUCUUAAACAGUCAUUGCUUUGCUCGCGAGAAAGAAGGAAAACCACAGUGCUGUACUACAAUGGCGGAUUUAAGUAGUAACGUUAAUAUUUGUGACAUGAUUGGCAACCUGUCCCUACACUGUUGUAGUACCCGCAGUCCGGGGCCUCUGUGGUGCUCCGAUGCCCCUCUCCCACCCCUGAAGAUCCCAGGUGGGCGAGGGAAUGGUCAACGGGAUCACACUCCUUCAGCUCGGCCGCUCUACUCUGACCGGAAGUUGACUGUGACAGAGGAGCCUGCGGGGAACGGUCGCCCCGGGAUUCUCCACUUCCAAAGUCGGCCCACUGUUUCCAAGGUGAUCCACUGGGACGCGGUGCUGAGCGGGAACGCUCUGUAUGUGGAGAUACCGAUGGACCCGCUCCCUGAGGGCAGCAAGGAGAGUUUUGCGGCUCUUUUGGAGUAUGCGGAAGAACAUCUUGAAGUUGUCAGCGUGUUCGUCUGCUUUUACAAGAACAGAGAUGAUCGCGCUAAACUUGUACGCACGUUCAGCUUUCUGGGCUUCGAGAUAGUGAAACCGGGCCAUGCCCUUGUCCCGCUACGACCUGACGUUUUCUUCAUGGCCUACAACUUUGACAAGGACUCUUCCUCUGAUGAGGAUUAGCGCUGACCCCUGUGGGGUGUUCCAGAAAGCAGGAUCAUCAACUUAGCCAGCUAACUUUGAUAAACAGCCAGAUAUAGGCCUCUUUUGAUUUUCUGGUUUAUUUAGAAAGUUAAACCUGAAUAUGGGUUUAUUGGUUGUCGAGUCAGUCAUACCAUUUCAAUUCUAUUUUCUAGGAAAGAUUAAGUAAUUUCAGAAUGUUUACCGUAUUUUCUGCACUAUAAGGCGCACCGGAGUAUAAGCCGCAGCAG